AACGCGCAGGACGGGGGAGCUGGGCGCCGGAGUCAGACGAGACUCGAGAGCCCGAAGGCCGAAGCCCCCCACAAAAUCGUCGGCGGCGACGACGCGAUCUGGGCACCUGCGCUGCGCUCCUCUCGCUCGUACCGUGUGCUCAAAGGCCAUGCGGCGGCACCAGCGGCUUCGCCAUCCCCGAAUCCAAGCGCGCGAUGGAUCGAUUGUUUCCGUGGCUGCGGAAGAGGGCUUGCCUUGUCAUCAAGAUUGUAACUCUCGAGAAGGCAAAAUAAGUAGAUAUUCAGGGCCCGCCCUUCCUGAGGAUAUCUUGCUUCAUAUACAUUCUCUAUUGCCACUUCGAGAUGCUGCCCGUGCUGCUUCCGUGUCUCGUGCAUUUCGAAAUUCCUGGAAGUGUCAUCCCAACCUCUACUUCAGUAAUGAAACUAUGGGCUUGAAAGAUACUCUGCAUGGACCUGAGCAAAUGCAAUUGGAUUUCAUCAGCACUGUUUAUCACAUUCUGAAAAGGCACUCAGGCACUGGCUUGAAGACAUUUGGGCUUGAAAUAUCUAGUCAUUACGACCCAUGUCAUCUUGAUAGCUGGCUUCACCUUGCUCUUUCAUCUGGGCUUGAAGAACUCAUCAUUGAGUUGUGCAGUGGCCUAAAGAUGUGGUCAGGCAUGUGCAUGCCAUGGUACAACUUCCCAUGCUCCCUUUUAUCUGGCAAGAGUAGAGACUCGAUUCAGAAUCUUCGCCUUAGCUCCUGUGCCUUUCAUCCUACAGUUAGAUUUUGUUUGAGAAGCCUGAAGAAGUUAUAUCUUUGUUCUGUGAGUAGCACAGAUGAUGAGUUACAGUGCAUUCUAUCAGAUUCCUUUGCUUUGGAGAGGCUGGAACUCCUGAGUUGCAGCAAGAUAAUUAAUCUUAAGAUACCUUAUCUGCUGCAGCGCCUCAGCUAUCUGGAGGUGAAAGCAUGCUUGAGUCUAGAAGCGAUACAGAUCGAAGCUCCAAAUAUAUCCACUUUUCGCUUUUCACGCCGUAACCCUGUACAACUCUCACUUGGAGAAGCAUGUCAAGUGAAAGACCUAUACGUGUCCCACUAUGGUGCCGUCUAUUUUGCUCGUGUGGACCUUCCACUGAUUGCACCAUGUCUCGAGAUUCUUACCAUUGAGUCGCAUAAGGAGAUGGUCAAUAAUAUAACGAUCCUACCCAGCAAAUUCUACCAGCUCAAGUACUUGGAUAUUUGUGUUCCUGGACAGUACUUUGUUCCAGACUAUGAUUUUUUUUCUCUGGCUUCUUUUCUUGAUGCUUCUCCUUCCUUGGAGACUUUCAUCUUGGAUUUUAAUUUACGUAGGGUCUUUGCGGAUCCUGAGUCAGUUCUUGGAGAACUCUCACAAUCACAUAUGCGCCAGACGGCAGAGCACCACUACGGCAACCUCAAGAGGGUGAAGAUCAACCGUUUCCACCCCGCGAGAAGCCUGGUUGAACUAACAUGUCAUAUUCUUGAGAGUGCGGCAUCGCUUCAAUGCCUUACAUUGGACACGAAAUGCUGUUGUUCUGGGGUUUCUCACAGCAAAUCUGGUAAAUGCUUCAUCUUCGCUGUCAGAGCAUACAUCGAGGGGAAUUUUCCCUCGACGACUAGGCUAGACUUUCCGAAGCCUUGUACUUUAGAUGUCAAGUUAUCAUUGCCAUCCAAUGUUUAGUGAGGUCUCUGAUUAUUAAAUCACUAUGACCAUUUAAGUUUAGAAGGCUUAUUAUCUGCUGAUCUGCACCUCAUAGGUGGCUGCGUCUUUGUUUGGUUUGGCUUCGGCUGUUCGGCAGUGUACGCACUACCUGCAUGCCUGCAGUAGGUGUCUUUUUUUUUCUGUUUUUUUUUUCCGGGAUUGGACAUCACAAGAAAGUACUCCAACGCCCGCUCCACUUGUAUUUCUUUUUUUCCCCUUUGAAGGACCAUUGUAUCUUCUUUGAUCAGAUUGCUCAUUUGUUCUAUGUUGGAGAGUAAAAAGGAAUUAUUGGUGUAA